AUGUUCAGUUUCAACCUUGAAAGAUUGAGGAGUUCCACACCGGCAAAUUCCAGCCAGCCGGUACAUACAGUGAGACUGAUAGAAAUUGUGCACACAGACUCAUUUGUUAUCUCGAAGUACCCUUGUGAGCUUCCCCAACUCAAAAAUGACGAAACCAUAUGCUAUGGAUCCCUCGAUUCUGCAACUGAGAAAGCUGUUUUGGUGACGAGCGAGAGAAUACUCAUCUAUAACUACAAAUCAGGAGAUAUCCACCCGGUAUUCUUUGAGUUCAACUACGAGAAGAACGAGCAAGGUAUUCUGCCCCAAGUCAAACUCAUCCCCAACUCGACUAAUAACGACACUAGUGUCGUCAUAGUGGAUACUGUUACAGGGGAGAUCAGAUAUGUGGAGUCAUUGAGUCUGGCACCAUCUCUCGAUAUCUUUGAUGGUGUUUUAACAACCACCGUCAAACUUUCAGGAAAUGAAAUUGUGACGAUUGUUGAAUACUUUACCGGAAUUGGCUUAGUCAUUGCUACCAGCAAUAGGCGCGUGCUGACAUUGUCUGUGAAUGAUCACCUUGGGAAAACAAAUUUUGUUGUCAACGAAGUCUAUGCGCCAAAGUCAUUGAUGAAUAUAUUUCUUGGACUGACCUCGCAUAUCGGUGCGGGCUACGAAAAUGCAAACAAAGUAAUAGCUAUCAAGUGUACUAAUAGGAAUACAGUCACAAGUCAAUUGUGCAUUCAAGAGGAAGACGGAAAACUGAUCAUUGCAGAUUGGGUGAAUGGGUCAAUUAACAUCAGCUCACAAUAUAACCUUAAAGCACUCCUGGCCGAACAAAUACUGGACUCUGACAAUCUCAAAAUAAAGGACAUUGCACUGAUGGGAAACAAUGACUAUAUUGUCCUCACAUCUUGUGAAGGAAGAACUGGAAACAAAUUACAAUUAUCCAUGGUGCACAUAGAAAAUAAUCCUUCUGUGAUUCAUAUUCAUGAGAUAACUAGCAUCACCACAACAGAUAAUUUUCCAAAGUUGUCUGCGACAAACAAAAUUGCAAGUAUAAUUACUGAUUCUUCCAUCAUCAUGACAGAUAUGGGCUCUGGCUUGAGUGAAAGGUGGGAAGAUUUUAUCAAUUUCAACAAAGAUGUUGCACUUUACGGACAUGACACUGACGAACAUGAUCACAUAGUUGUCUUGACUGAGGAGGGUAUUUUUCAAAUCAAACUUGAGAAGACAGUCGAUAGGUUUGCCAGUGUUGCUUUUUUGAAAAAUCAUAUAAGACAGGCGUUGCAAUACAGCAGUAGCCUGAAACUGCUCGAUUUCAACCUCACAAACUUGAAGUUGGCUGUCAGCAACGAGGAUAUUGAGAAUGCAGUCUUGGGUAUUGCUCAAGAGAUAAUAUCAAACAAGUUCAAGGAUCUAGCCGAUUUCACAUAUUUGCAGGUGAACCUUCACAAAAGAGGCGAUCGUUUAAAGAAGCUUGGCCAUUUUUGCAACGAAAAUUUUGACUUGCAAGAGGCUACAUGGAUUCAGCUCAUGAGACAUGUUGAGGAAGUCGAGCUCUCGAGCAAACUUUACGAAAAGCUUAGCAAUAUCGAGCCAUUGAGAUUGAUCGCGGAAAAGCUCGUCAGAAAAAAGAUGGAGUACAAAAGCCUUGAUGAAUAUUUCAGCGACCAGACUUCGUCAAUAAUCGGCUUUUUAGGACUCCUGGUAACAAACACGGAUCUUGAAGAUCCUGGAGACUUGUUACUUUUUGGUGAAAUGCUUGCCAAUGUGCUCAAAGAAGGUUAUUUGGAAGCUGAAAUCAAUGAAAACCGAUCCUCCAACAUUUUCCUAGGAGCAAGGGAGUUUUUGUCGAGCGUGAAUGAGAUGUUGAAAAAUAUCACCAUUACCUACGCCGAAACCUUGGAAGCUGUUGAAGAGAGCGAGCUGAAGACACGCGUGAGCAAAACAGUUUUGACUCUAGCAUAUUUCCUUUAUUAUACCGAGAUCACCGUGCACGGGGAACUUUUGGCCAAAAAUAGAGAAGGAUGGAUCAGAUUGUUUGUUGUUCUAGGGCAGCAACAAGAAAUAAUACAGCUCGCAGAAAAGAACAACGAUUUGGAAAGCUUAUGCGAAAUUCUUGACUCCGAGAGAGAGCAUGCUCCAGAAGGGGAUGCUUUGAUUACACUCAAGUUUGAGGAGUGUUUUCAGCGUUACGGAUACAGUUUUGCAGAAGUGCUUUUUAAAUUAUACGCUAGAACCAAAAAGAUUCGUUUGAUCCUCAACUACCUCUCUCGUUAUCCAGAUUAUGUGCGAAAGUUUCUGAACUCAAACAUUGAUAACUACAAAUUUGCGUGGAUACUCGACGUGGAAAACGACGAGUAUUUCAAGGCAGCAGAAAAGCUGAUUGCAUAUGUUUCCACUGCAAAGUCAGAGGAGAUUGAAAAGAAGAAGUUUGAGCUGAAUAUUGCCAAGCUUUCUCUAAUAUCGCUAAAUGAGGACCAUGACAAUCUGCUGGACGAGAUAGAAAUACACUUGCAAAUGAUUGAGCUUCAAUCAAAUUAUGCGAGACUGAUUGAUUCCAAAACUAAAGACAGAUUUAUACAAGACUCAAGAUAUUUGGUCGAUAACAAGUUUACGCGUUUUGAAAAUCAAAUUGGCGAUAUCGUGACAAAAUUGGAUCGGCAUCAACAGCUGGGAUUGUUUGAGAUGGUCCAGUUACUAACACUAGUGACAUUCGAUGAGUUCAAUCACAACAAUUUCGCCAACUUGUUCAAGUUGUUGAGUGUUAUCAAACACUCGAAUCCAUCGAGAGUGCUAAGCAGUCUGAGUGGAUAUUCGCAUUAUCACGAGAUUCUAGAAACCUUGGUAUGGAAAAGGUUGUUUUUGACAACGGAUUGGGAUGGGCUCUUUAAUGGGUCUGACGUGCAUACUGAUGAGUACUUCAAAAUGAUGACCGGGUUAUCGACGAUCAAAAUGGAACCUCCCUCUAAGGUCCAAGAUCUGAUGAUAGAUCCGGACGAUAUUAGUUACCUAGAAGCUGAUGAAGACCUCCGUGAUGAUCUGUUGAAGGAGAACCAUUUGUUGUUGGAAUUGAACAAUAAGCUUAAUCUAGAACAAUGGUUAAAUAGAUCGAAUUGA